AUGCCGACGCUGCCGGAAGCUGGUCUUCUUCUCUCGCAGGUGACAGGCCGAGCGCUCGCUGGACUCUUGCUACCACAGUUGCGCAUCCCGAUACCGACACGCCUGAGCCUGAGCCUAUGCUAUGGCGAUGAGAUAGCCCGCGAUCUGGCAAUUGUUUCGAACACGAUGGGUUACGACUAUGCGCUUGUACAUGUCAAGUACACGAUUCCCCCGGCUAUCGCUCUCACUCUUCUCUACCGACCUUUGUUGACCCGCCUCGAUGUCUAUAAGAUCGUCUUCCUCAUCACUAUCGCCGUCGUGUCCACUACGCCAUGGGACUCGUACUUGAUCCGCACCAGUAUCUGGUCCUACCCCGAGAACGCCGUCAUUGGGCCUAAGCUCUUCGACAUUCCCCUGGAGGAAGUCUUCUUCUUCAUUGUCCAAACAUACAACACCUCGCUCCUGUACUUGAUUUGCAGCAAGCUCACCUUCCACCCAAUUUACUUGCGCCGCCAGGACAAGAAUGACCGCUGGAAGUAUAUGAAGCUGGCUGGACAGCUCCUGCUUGGUUUGCUGUUGAAAAAGGCCAUCACGCUCAUCCGAGCAGAAGGUGCCGGAACAUACAUGGGCCUGAUUCUUGCUUGGGCUGUGCCUUUCCUGCUUUUGCUGUGGUCGCUGGCCUAUCAAUUCAUCCUAGGGCUACCUCUGACCAACACCCUGCUGCCCAUUCUUCUACCAACUUUCUACCUGUGGAUCGUGGACACGCUGGCUCUCCGAAGAGGCACCUGGGUUAUUGAAUCUGGUACCAAGCUCGGAACCCAUCUCUGGCCUGGACUGGAAAUAGAGGAGGCUGUCUUCUUCCUCCUCACGAACACACUCAUUGUCUUUGGCCUGGUGGCCUUUGAUAACGCAGUCGCUAUUCUCAACGCCUUCCCUACCCACUUUCCCUCGGUACCAGCCCUUCCUUCGCCUGCACUACUGGUUCGGGCCCUGCUGUUACCGGCCGGAGCCUAUGACGAAGAUCGCAUCGAGGGUCUGGCUGAAGCCGUCAAUCGUCUUCAGAGAAAGAGCAGGAGCUUCUAUCUGGCUAGUGCAGCUUUCUCGAGCCGCCUGCGAGUUGAUUUAAUUGUCCUUUACUCCUUCUGUCGUGUAGCUGAUGAUCUGGUGGACAACUCUGCCUCGCCUCUUGAAGCCCGUAAGUGGAUCAAGCGCCUGCGGACCUUCUUGGAUCUCUCGUACAAGGCCAAAGACCCCAUGGCGCACGAUCAAAAUGUCGGAGCUGUCGUUCGCCAUGUUGUCACGGAAUUUCCUCGAAACACGCAUACUGCAUUGCUUCAGUUGCCCACUUCGCGACUUUCUUCAAAGCAUUUUUACGAUCUAUUGAAAGGGUUCGAGAUGGAUUUGGGCUUCCAAACAAGUAAAGGAGCCAAGCCUUCUGCUUUCCCUAUCAAAUCAGAGUACGAUUUAGACACAUACUCUUCGCGCGUUGCUGGAACCGUGGCUGCCAUGUGCAUUGAACUCGUCUUCUUCCACUACCAAGGAGAAAUAUCACCGGGUUUGCAGGAGCAAGUACUGGACGCUGGAAACACCAUGGGGAUAGCGCUUCAGUACACCAACAUCGCUCGUGAUAUCGGUACGGAUGCGCUGUUACAGCGCGUCUAUCUGCCGACAAGUUGGCUGAAAGAAGAGAACUUGACGCCCGAACAAGCUAUUCAGGUCUUCACGAUCUUGGAGGCAAAAGCCACACGUGGGUCCGAGGACCAGAUCUUUGUAAAGAAGCUCGAAAAACUAAGACAUCGUCUGUUGGAUCGAUCAUUUGCAUUGUAUGAGGACUCACGCGAUGCUAUCGACAAACUUCCCUCGGAAGUGCGUGGUCCUAUGCGUGUAGCUACUGAGAGCUACAUGGAGAUCGGACGGACGUUGAGGCAGCCGGGAUACAGGGUGACCAAGGGCAAGGCAACUGUAGACGGCUGGCGAAGAUUGGCAGUGGCUUGGAAAGCGCUGCAGUGA